CUACAAAUUUCCACCGCCACCAUGGGCCCCAGUCUCAAGGAGCGGUUGACCAAGUAUAUCGAGCCGUGCCAACCUUUGCUCGAGUCUUUGAAGUACUUCUGGAAUGCUUUCCAAUCACGCCAGGGAGCCACGGCCUCCAUCCAAGACCGGGCCUUCUCCCAGUGGUAUAAAGAUGUUUCACCAUGCUUCAUGGCCUAUGAGAGUACUACCGAUUCAUUGCCACACGUCGCCUCCGCAGUGAAGGGGACCGUCCUGGAGCUCGGACCAGGAACAGGCAAUCAACUCUCUUACUUCAACCCCAGCACCGUCACCCACAUCUAUGGGGUCGAAUCCAACCUGGAGUUUGCUGAUGUUCUGCAAGCUCGAAUUGGCGAAACCAAUCUGGGUGACAUCUACACCACUGUGUUCUGUGACAUUCUGGAUGCAAAUGCUCUCGAGAGACAUGGCAUCGUGGAAGAGAGCAUGGACUGCGUGACUAGCUUCCAGGUUUUGUGCUGCACACAGGACCCGGCAGCGGUAACCGCCCAAAUCUGGAAGCUAUUGAAGCCAGGGGGCGAAUUGAUCUUCUGGGAGCAUGGCGCGAGCUCGGAUCGUUGGACGUUGUUGGCGCAGAAAUUUUGGACCCUGUUUUGGCCGUACAUCAAAGGAGGAUGUCACUUGGAUCGCCGCAUUCCUGACAUACUGUUGAAGUCGGCCGACUGGGAGGUCGUUGAGUUGAAGUGUGAAGAGGAGAGGCUUUCUAUGAUGCCCAGGUCUUAUGGAAGACUUAGAAAGGUGGUAACUAAGUAGUUUAUACUGUGGUAGUCACAUUAUGCCCUAGAGAGACUGUACUGCACGGGUAUAUGUGAAGAUGCAAAGUUGUAGCCAAAUUUGAGUCGGUUAUGGCGGAC